CACUGCUUCCCAGCAUGUUGGCUUGAUAAAGGGCUUGAACACUGCUUCACAGCGCGAUGCCCAUGUGAAAAUGGCCUAGUGAGCUUCUUUCUUCGGGAGAUACAAGUAUGACCUCAUGGAUCCUCCUUCUCGGUAUCGUCAUCAUCCCUCUAAUCUUUUUAAGGCGGUGGCUUUCUCUUCGACAUGACCUUCAGUCCGCUGCUAGACUAGGAGCACGUCCCAUACCGGUUGUCAAAGGGAAAUGGCCUCUGAACUUCGAUGUGGUGCUCUCCUGGACGAGAUGGAGCCAAGAUGAGGUAGGGAGGAUGUUGUUCGAGCUUGAGAAAAAGUACGGGACUACAUUCAAUACUCGUACGCUUGGUGAAGAUCAGAUCAUCUCAAGUGAUCCGAUUGUUCUGCGUCAUGUCUUUAUGACUGGAUUCGACAAUUUUGUCAAGGGACCAAAGUUUCACACCCGUACGAGAGGUUAUCUGGGGGACGGAAUCUUCAACACCGACGGGUCGACCUGGCACUCACAUCGGACCACCUUACGUCCAUUCUUUCGUGCCGAACGUAUCCGACCUGAACUCUUCGAACCGAUCAUCGACAAAUUCCUUCUUUCCCUGCCUACUGCUGCGUCUCUGACGCCUGACCACCCCGUACCUCACAAGGAUAUCAUCACAGCAUCUCCUCCAUUCACGAUGCCGAAUGAACACUCCGCAUCACUUGCUGACUCUAAGACGACGUUCAAUGGUAACACAACGAAAGCAUUCGACAUGCAAGCUCUCCUUGGUCGAUUGACACUCCAAAUCGCUCUUCUUUGGUUGACAGGCGAAGACAUUUCUUCCAACCUGAGCGAUAAUGAUAAUUCAAGUGUACUCCCCCGUGCACCUGAAUGGAGACAAGCUCUUUCCGAACUCCCCACAGCUCUGAAACAAGCUCAAGAAAUCGUCGCUUUCCGUCUAAAAAUCGGUUGGCCCUGGCGUCUUCUUGAACUAGGUCGUUCGCCCCUUCGUAAACCUAUGAAGACCGUCCACGCAUUUUUCAGGCCGUUGAUAGAUGAAGCCUAUCUUCGUCAGAGUGGAACGAGUCUUCUCGAUGCUUUGGUCCACCAAGAAGGGAUGAGUAAGGAAAAGGUACAAGAUCAAUUGAUAAAUGUGUUAUUAGCCGCAAGGGAUACUACAACUGUACUUCUUACUUGUUGCACAUAUCUGUCACUUCUUCAACCUCAUCUUCAAGAUGUUCUUUGCGAAGAAAUACGACAAUAUGACAAAAGACAUUCUUUCGAUCAUUCUCAAGAUGAGGAUUCAGAAUACAAGAAUGAACACGACACGGGUGAUAACCAAGGAUCUACGAGACAUCUGGACUAUUCGGAAAAUCACGAGAGUGAAAUGGGCUACUCACGGGAAGGAUAUGUGGAAGAGGUGAAAAUGACACGAACAGCUCUCAAAGAAUUAACGAAAUGUCGAGCAUUUAUCGAUGAAACCUUACGUCUUUUUCCACCUGUACCAAUAAAUGUUAGAAGAGCAGUCAACGAUUGUGUUAUUCCUACUAGUCAAGGUCCAAUGUUUAUGAAAGGAGGAACUACCAUAAUUUUAUGUCCUUUACUCAUGCAACGAUCUUCGGAUUAUUGGGAAGAUCCGUUGGACUUCAAAUUGGAUAGAUGGGCGAGACCGGAAGAAACCAAUCCAUCCUCUGUUCAGAACCCAGCUUCCAAACCGACCCAUAUGCAGCGAGACGUGGUAGAGAAACAAUCCAAAAAUCAGAGAAAGGAAACGGACGGAAAUGUGAAUAGGGAGAAAAGACAGAAAGAAGAGCAAAGUUAUAUGCCAUGGAAUGUGGGACCUAGGACAUGUUUAGGACAAAAUAUGGCUAUAGCUGUAUCGAUGACUUUUCUGGUCAAGUGGAUCAGAUACCUUCAUAGGAUGAAAGAAGAGGGAGUGGAGCUAGUUUUGGCUGAGUCUCCGACUGCUCUGAGGACAGGGAAAGGAGGCGAGGAUGAUGGCGAUGGGAAGAUACCUGGAUGGUGGUUCAUCCAUGGGGCUGGGAGGUUGCGGGAUGGAAGGGAUAAAGUAUGGAUGACAAGUAAUAUGACACUCAAUGUCAAGGUGAGCUCCUCUGCCUCGCCUCCUUAUUUCCUCUGA